AAAUAUAAAACACGGGCCCUGGCUUGGCAACGGAGCUCGCCGGUGAACUUCUUCUUAUGUUGGAUUUGUUUCCUGGUUUCUGACCGUCCGAUCAUCGCCGGAAAACUGUCCACACCACAAUGCCGCGGUCUCCGCCGCCGUUGUUCGGACGUAGCGCCUAUUUCUUCGCCGUCUUCUUCAUUCUCUCCGCUCUGUUUCUUCAGAUCUGUUCGGCCGCCGACGAUGACGAUAGCGACAGCGACGGUGUUAAUGCCGAUGUGAACAAGCUUCAGUUCGAGAACCAGAAGCUCCGCCAGGCCUACAUUGCUCUUCAAGCAUGGAAGUCGGCUAUAUUCUCCGAUCCUUUCAACUUCACCGCCAACUGGAACGGUGCCGACGUCUGCUCCUACGGCGGAGUGUUCUGUGCUCCUUCUGCCGCCGAUCCGUCCGUUAGAGUCGUCGCCGGCAUCGACCUGAACCACGCCGACAUCGCCGGUUACCUGCCGCCGGAGCUAGGUCGACUCACUGACCUCGCACUCUUUCACAUCAACUCUAACCGCUUCUGCGGCGUCGUUCCGAAGACGUUCAAGGGGAUGACGCUUCUUCACGAGCUCGACCUCAGUAACAACCGCUUCGUCGGCGGCUUUCCGACGGUGGUGCUGUCGUUGCCGUCUCUCAAGUAUCUGGAUCUCCGGUUCAACGAGUUCGAGGGGCCGGUGCCCGUCAAGCUCUUCGACAAGGACUUGGACGCCAUUUUCCUCAAUGACAACAGGUUCCAGUUUGGCAUUCCAGAGAAUCUCGGAAACUCGCCUGUUUCGGUGCUGGUGUUCGCGAAUAACGACCUCGGGGGAUGUAUUCCGGGCAGCAUUGGGAAAAUGGGGAAGACUUUGAAUGAGAUCGUCCUCAUGAACGACAAUCUCACCGGCUGUCUGCCGCCGGAGAUCGGCCUCCUCAAGAAGCUGACGGUCUUCGACGUUAGCUUCAACCACCUUCAGGGCUCUCUGCCGCCUACCAUCGGCCGGAUGAAGAGCUUGGACCAGCUGGACGUGGCUCACAACCAAUUCACCGGCGUCAUCCCGGCCAGCAUUUGCCAGCUUCCCAGGCUACAGAACUUCACCUAUUCCUUCAACUACUUCACCGGAGAGGCGCCGCAAUGCGCUGCUGUAUCCACCGGAGGAAAGGUCGCCGAUGGCCGGGAAAACUGCAUACCAGGGAAGAUCGGACAGCGCUCUUAGGAGUGUUCUUCUGAAGCAGCUCGUCCUGUUGAUUGCAGCAAAUCCAAAUGCGGUGGCGGUAGUAGCAGCAGAAGCAGGAGCAGGAGCUCUAGGCGCCGUAGGUCUCCUACUAUUCCCAGGCCGGGGCCGCCACCGAGAGCCGCUAUAUCACCCAGCCCAUCCCCGCAGCCCCAUUCCCCGCCGCCUUCACCGUCUUCCGAAUCUUCUCCGGCUUUCAGGUCACACCCGCCUCCGCCGCUGCCAUCCCAGUCUCCUUCGCUCCCUCCAUCACCACCUACAAGUAACGUUUCAUCGAAGCCUCAUCUUCCUCCGCCACCCCCGCCGAUCAACCACACUAGUUCAGAGCAGAGACAUUCGCCUCCUCCACCUAUUUGGCUCCCCGCUCCUAGCAAGCAACCUGUGACAUCUCCACCAUUGGCCUACCAUUAUUCUCCGCCCCCGCCUCCUACUGAGAAGCUAUCACCAAAGACGCACCUUGCACCGCCACCUCCAGUCUACUACGUUCCCUCGGCACCUAAAUCCUCACCGCCGCCAGCUUACUAUGUCCCCCCUCACCCUAAAUCAUCGCCGCCGCCGCCUCCAGUUUACUAUGUGCCGCCAGAGCCCAAAACCUCUCCUCCGUCUCCACCAGCGUUCCACAGUUACGCCUCCCCGCCGCCGCCACCUUUCUAUUACGCCACUCCUCCCCCAUCAACAUACCAGCAUCCAACUCAACCGCCUCCACCGCCGAUGAACCCAGCUUCGUCUCCUCCAAACCAACCACCUCACUCCGGUUGUGAUUUGCCGGCACCGCCGCCGCCUCCUAGCUACGUCCAUUCGCAUCCCCCUCCGCCUCCGCCAAGCUACGUCCAUUCACAAUCACCUCCGCCUCCUUCCCAGCAUUGGCAUCACCCGCCAACACCAUCACAUUUCCAUACUCCAACUCCACCAACAAAGUAUCCAUAUCCAUCGCCGCCGCCGCCUCCGCCGCCGUUCGACAACACACCACUUCCUCCCGUUACAGGAGUCUCCUAUGCAUCUCCUCCUCCCCCAGCUAUUCCCUACUAUUGAUCUACACCUCGCAAUUUUUUUGCGACACUUUCCCGAGAAAAUUGCAAUGUUCUCACUGCAAUCAAGGACUGCCCUGCAGGAAUGGAAUUGCCGCGAUCGAAUACUGCAAACACACGGUGUGUUCUGUUCGAAUCUUAUCCGAGAGCCAUUUUUGGGUUUUUUUGUUUCUUUUAGCAAUCUGUUACUUCGAUAUUCUUGUAAUUCAUAUAUGAUAUGGGCAGGUCAGGGGUGAUGAGUUGCCAUUUAACAAGUUUGUCAUACAACCAUGGUGUAAUGUAAACUGUCAAUUUAAUUAGAUAUACAUUCA